AUGGGGUUCCCCACACUGCUGAAGCACGGCGACGACACGGAGAUGGCGCCGGGAACGAUCCGUCUCUUCGACCCAGACGGCUCUGAACUGCACUCUGCUGGCGACUUGAUUCUCGUGCCGACGCCAUCGUCGCACCCAGAUGACCCUCUGAAUUGGUCCCGCUGGCGGAAGCUCCUCUCGCUCUUCUGCAUCAUCCUCUACACAUUCUGCAUGUCCGUCGCGCAGAGCGCACUCUUCUCUAUCUGCGAACCCCUCAGCGACGCGACCGGCAUCUCUAUCGCAGCCUUGAACCAGGGCGUCGGCGUCCAGUACCUCCUCGUCGGCUUCGCGCCGCUCAUCACCUCGUCUCUUGGCAAUGCCUUUGGCAAGCGACCAUUGUACCUCAUCACCAUGCUCAUCUCCGCCGGCUGCUGCGUCUGGAUGGCCAAUAUCAAGAGUCGCGCAUCAUGGAUGGUCCAAUGUGUCGUCCUCGGUUUCAGUAACGGGCCGACAUUCGCAGCGACAGAGGUUUCCAUUGCCCAAGUUUUCUUCGCGCACGAGCGAGCUACACCAAUGGGCGCAUAUGUCGCGACGCUGUACGGAGCCGCCCUCAUCGCCCCGCUCCUCGGCGCCUACAUCAGCGAAGGACUCGGCUACAAGGCCGUCUUCUACUUCGCCGGCAUCUUCUGCCUCGGCUCAUUCAUCUUCUGCUUCUUCUUCAUGGAGGAGACGAACUUCUACCGCAAGACGAUGUCGAGCACGGUUGAGCGGAUCCUCGACAAGGGAGACGAGGAAGCGAUGGACCGCCAGCCCGCAGAUCACGGCAAGGUUUCGCUGUCGAUGGGAGAAGGGCACGCAAAGGUCUCGGCCACAUCGCACGUCGUUGAAGCAGACAUCGGGAAACGCUCGUUCGUCCAGCGACUCGGGACGAGGGUCAACGCGCAGCCUUGGGCGGCAUUCAAGGAAGGCUUCGUCCAGCCCCUUGUCAUGCUCCAGCACCCGAUCGUCUGGUUUGCGGCGCUGCAGUAUGGUAUCAUGCAGGUGUGGUACAAUUUCCUCAACGGCAUCAGCGCCGACACGCUCGCCGCCCAGCCGUACAAUUUCAGCGUCGCACAGACAGGACUCGCCUACCUAUCGCCUACCGCCUUGACCACGCCAGGCGUCGUUCUCUACGGCUUGCUCAGCGACCGCUUCACUCUCUGGAUGGCGAAGCGGAACGGCGGCAUCUCCGAGCCCGAACACAAGCUUUGGCUCAUGCUCCUCCUCUUCCCCCUCCUCCCCGUCGGCCUAAUCCUCCUCGGCAUCGGUCCCUACUUCUCCCUCCCCUGGCCCGCAUUCGUCAUCGCCGGACUCGGUCUCACCUCCGUCGCCUCCUCGUUCGGCACGACCUCUGCGCUAAACUACCUCUUCGACUCUUUCUCAGCCUACGAGAACCCCUCCUCCCUCGCACCGCCCGAAGACUGCCCACAACUCGUCUCGGCUCUCAUACCAGCCAUGGUUCUCAGUUUCGCCAUGAACUACGCCUUGAACCCGUGGAUCGCGAGUAUGGGAACCAAGGACUGGGGGAUCUCGUGUGCGGUGUUGGCGGUCGUGGUCAAUCUGAGUAUGGUGCCGAUGAUCUUGUACGGGAAAAGGAUGCGGAAGAGACAGGCGGGGAUGCUGUACGGCGUAAGGUUGUGA